AUGAGCGGAGCAACUUCACAAGUUGACAUCGGUGACGCAGAACCGGGCAGUUGCCAGGAAAGUAUGCUGAUUACGACCGAUUCGAUCGAGGAGUUUUCCCAGGAAAUUAGCACCAGUUUGGUGGAGAAGGCGGAAGACGGCGGCACCGCGGCCAAGGACCAGCAGAAUGGACACGAUCAGAAGCAACCGACGGGGGACAAAGUGGUGGAAGGUGGGACGAGUGUCGGUUCGGCGGGGGGAAACAUAACAAAGAUCCAGGACGGGUUGAACGGAGAUGAUAAGGACAGUGACGGAGCGAUGAGCAAGUCGAGUUCGUUCAGCAGUGCAAAGAGUAGGGACUUGACCGCAUCCUGCACGAGUUUGGCGGAGGAAGGACCGACGAGUUCGGGUGCGACGACGACGGUGGCCACUUCUGGUCAGCAGCAGUCGUCCCCGGGGGAUGGUUGUGACCUGGAAGACUAUCUGCAUGAUCCGAAGUUCCUGAACAAGAAGCGUCAUGUGUUUAUCCUCAGCUCGGCCGGGAAACCGAUCUACUCGAUGCAUGGCUGCGAGGACAAGCUGGCGACCCUCUUCGGCGUGAUGCAGGCCUUGGUCAGCUUUGUGCAGAGCAAUAACGACGCAAUCAAAUCGAUCCACGCGAUGGGCGUCAAGUUUGUGUUUCUGGUUAAAUCUCCCCUGAUACUGGUGGCCAUCUCGCGGACGAGCCACAGCGUGCAGCAGAUCCAGCUCCAGCUGACCGACGUCUACAAUCAAAUCCUGUCGACGCUGACGCUCAGCCACAUGCAGAAGACGUUCGAGAAGCGAAAGAACUUUGACCUGCGUCGGUUGCUGGCCGGAAGCGAACGGCUCAUCGACCACCUGCUAGUCAACGACAAGUGCGACCACCGGGCCGUUUCGAACAACCCGUUCAGCUUCAUGACACAUUCCGUGCGCAUUCUGCCGCUGGCGCCGAGCGUCCGCGAGACCAUCAUCGGAGCCAUCCAGAGCAAUUGCGCCAAAAUUAAGAACCUCGUGUUCGCCGUACUGAUCGCAAACAACAAGCUGAUAGCGCUGGUCCGCAUGAAGAAGUACUUUAUCCACCCGGCGGAUCUGCGGUUGAUCUUCAACCUGAUCGAGUGCUCCGAAAGCUUCAAGUCGGCGGAGAGCUGGACGCCGAUCUGUCUGCCCAAGUUCGACUCGAGUGGGUUUCUGCACGCGCACGUGUCGUACCUGGCGGAGGAUUGUCAGGCGUGUCUGCUGCUGCUGUCGAUCGAGCGGGACGUGUUUUUUGUGCUGUCGGAGGCGAAGCGGAAGAUUACGGAUAAACUCCGCCGGUCCAACUGCCUCGAGUCAAUCAACGACGCGAUGCACAACAAGGGCAUCAAGCUGCAGAACAUUGGCAUUCCGGAGAUCCGGCACUUUGUGUACAAGAGCAAGUCGAACGCGCAGCUGCUGUGCUCAGAGCUGACCGUCCCGUACAGCAGCCUGGACCAGUUCAAGCGGCUCGAGGGCAUGUACUUUGAGCUGCACCACCGCAUCCACAACUCGGGCCGGCCGGUCAAGCUGAUCUACCAGAUGCAGGAAAAGGAAAUCCUUCUGGCUUGGGUCACCCAAGCGUACGAGCUGUUUGCGGCGUUCGAACCCACCGUGCACCGGAACGACGUCAUCAACCUGGUCAACAAGCUGCUCAAGUGGAUCAAAAAGGAGGAAAACAGUCUGUUCAUCCUGUCCGCGCCGACCUUCUAGGAGUCGGGGUCCUUUUUCCCUUCGUUUCCGCUGUUUUCGUUCGGCGCUGCCGCCACGUACCACCAGUACAGGGAGGAGGACCGUCGUAACGGCAGCGAGGACGGCGCCCAGCUCGGCUGAAGCGGGGGGAAAAAGUGCACCAAAACCAUCCACACAGAGAUUUCCUUCCCCACACACGUGUGUGCGUGUCUUACCGUUUUUGUCCGUUUGUUUUACUAGACUAGGAGCAAUAAUUCAAACAUUAUUAGGAAGGUUAACAAAAUGCUAUCACCGAACAAAAACUAUUUUUAUCGUCCACUGUGUUGCUAGUGAUUGGGCGUUGAAGACACGGCAAUGUUCGUAUAUAUAUAUAUAUAUAUUUAGAACACAACUAUUUAUUCAUAUGUGUGUGAUACGAUACGGAACGAAACAAGGGUACGUUCGAAAAUUGACUGCAAAAUUGAAUGCUAUCAUUUGGUCCUUAUUUUUUCCAAGAAAAAAAAAAGUGAAAAAAAAACUUCUCGUUUGAUGUCGGCUAGAAGCCAACGCGGAGCGCUGGACGGAGAG